UACAAUUCAAAACUUCCGGUUUAGUCAAACGACGAAGUCUAUUUUGAUAUUUUGGCUAGCUAGCGACCUAGUUUAUGAAAUAAGUUUAAUAGCAAUUUAUUAACACCGCAAUCAAAAUGGGGAAGCGUCAACAUCAGAAGGAUAAAAUGUACAUCACAUGUGCUGAGUACACCCAUUUCUAUGGUGGGAAAAAAUCAGAAAUUCCAAAGUCAAAUUUUCGACGUCUUCCAUUUGACCAUUGCAGCUUGUCUCUGCAGCCGUUUGAAUAUCCCAUGUGCACUCAUGAGGGAAUCGUCUUCGACCUGCUGAGCAUCGUUCCUUGGAUAAAGAAGUUUGGCACCAAUCCCAUCUCUGGAGAGAAACUGGAAGCCAAGUCCCUCAUCAAGCUAAACUUCGCCAAGAACAAUGAUGGUAAAUACCACUGUCCUGUCCUGUACACCGUCUUCACAAACAACUCCCACAUCGUCACCAACAAGCUCACUGGCAAUGUGUUCUCUCACGAGGCUGUGGAACAGCUCAACGUCAAGACGAGGAGUUACAGAGACCUGCUGUCGGAUGAACCUUUCACCAGACAGGACAUCAUCACCCUGCAGGAUCCUACCAACCUGGAUAAGUUCAAUGUCUCAGACUUCUUCCACGUCAAGAACAACCUCAAAGUACUGGACCCUGAUGAGGAGAAGGCUAAACUGGACCCGAGUUACCACCUGAACAGUACCAACCUCGAGACCAGAGAGACCCUGGCUGAGCUCUACAAGGGUUAUAAAGGAGACGCUCUACUGGCCUCCACCAUGAAGGAACCACAGGCCAAGAAGACUGACAAGAUUAACGCGGCUCAUUACUCCACUGGCAGAGUGUCUGCUUCCUUCACCUCCACAGCCAUGACCCCUGCUACCGAACACACUGCAGAUGCGAUCUCAGAAGACACGGUGCGUUAUUCCUAUGUGAAGAAGAAAGGUUACGUUCGCCUCCACACCAACAAGGGGGACAUCAACCUGGAGCUGUACUGUGACAAGGUUCCUAAAGCAGGAGAGAACUUCACCAAGCUGUGUAAGAAGAGUUACUACGAUGGAACUGUCUUCCACAGAUCUAUCAGGAACUUCAUGAUCCAAGGAGGAGACCCAACUGGGACUGGUUUAGGAGGAGAGUCAUUCUGGGGUAAGCCCUUCAAAGAUGAGUUCCGUCCCAACCUGUCCCACACGGGGCGAGGGGUUCUCAGUAUGGCCAACUCAGGACCCAACACCAACAAGUCCCAGUUCUUCAUCACCUUCCGGUCAUGUCCCUACCUGGACAGGAAACAUACUGUGUUUGGAAGGGUGGUGGGAGGCUUCGAGGCUCUGACAGCCAUGGAGAACAUAGAGGCUGAUCCUAAAACAGAUAAACCAAAGUCUGAGAUCAAGCUGCUGAGUGCCACUGUGUUCGUGGACCCGUAUGAUGAGGCAGAUGCCCAGAUUGCAGCAGAGCGCCAGAAGGAGCUGGACAAGCAGGAGGAGGAUAGAGCUCAGAGCAGUGCGUCUCAGAGGAAGACUAAAGCAGAUCAGACUCCCAAGACCUUCAAGGCUGGCAUUGGGAAAUACAUCAACCCUGUGACCACUACCGCCACGAAGCGUCCAGCAGCAGAGGACAGCGGACCGACCAGCAGUGGGGCGACCAGCGGAGCCAAGAAAGCCAAAGGAAAGACUGGCUUUGGGGACUUCAGCUCCUGGUAACUCCAUGGACACACAGCCCCUUGGACACCUUCUGUGUCCCACCCUAUUCCCUAUAUAGUACACUACUAUAGACCAGAGCCCUAUUCCCUGUAUAGUGCACUACUUUAGACCAGGUCCCAUAGGACACUGUAAUUCUGGUCAAAAUAUAUAGGAAAUGAGGUAACCAGGCCUUUGGUCAAAAGUAGUGGUUUAUGUAGGGAAUAGGCUUCCAUUCUGGAUGUACCCCCUGAUACCCCGAUGAUAUUACACCCCCCGAUGAUAUUACACCCCCCGAUGAUAUUACACCCCCUGAUGAUAUUACACCCCCUGCCAUUCGCUUCUCAUGGAUAUUUUCUUUUUAUUUUCUGGGUUGUGAAUUAUAUAGAACGUUGUCUUUCACUUAGUAUGCCAUCAAAUAAUGUUUACUUUCUAAUGAUGUAUUUUUUUUUUUUUUUAUAAAUUCAUGUUUUUCCUGUGUUUCUUUUUUAAAUUUUAGCUUCAUAAUUUACACAAAUUCUUAUCUUUCAUCGGUUUCUUGUGAGGCCAAGCCCUGCUGUUUUUCAAAUGGCACCCUAUCCCUUAUAUAGUGCACUACUACUCUAUGGGCCCUUGUCAAAAGUAGUGCACUAUAUAGGGCAAGGGUCAGCAGCAGGCGGCCCAUAGGGCAGGGGUCAGCAGCAGGCGGCCCAUAGGGCAGGGGUCAGCAGCAGGCGGCCCAUAGGGCAGGGGUCAGCAGCAGGCGGCCCAUAGGGCAGGGGUCAGCAGCAGGCGGCCCAUAGGGCAGGGGUCAGCAGCAGGCGGCCCAUAGGGCAGGGGUCAGCAGCAGGCGGCCCAUAGGGCAGGGGUCAGCAGCAGGCGGCCCAUAGGGCAGGGGUCAAAUUAUUCUCCCCCAAAGUAAAAUAUAUAAAUUGCUGGAUAGAAAAAAAUCAAAGACUAAGAUGAAAAAGUGUUUCACUUCAGAAAUCUGUUCACCAAGUAUUUCCACAAAUAAAAUGUAAACAUAUGUGAUCGUGUGUCAAUGUAAUAAAGGUAUGACAUGAUUCUAUUAGAAAAUACCAA